UGUCAUCACCACGCGUUUUAUUGAUGAUCGAAACGUCGAACAGCAAAUCAAACAUAUCGUGGGAACUGGAACACGCGGAAGCUUGUUCGGGUCGGCGUCAAGAGGCACCAAGGUAGCCGUAAUAUGUAAAAGCCAGACUCUUGCCUUUCGACCACGUUCGUUACCUUCAUAAAAAAAAAGCCAGACUCUUUUUUCUACCCCCACCAUCGCCUCCUGGUUCUGCAAGCAUGCGCUCCUUCGCCACUAUCCUUUUGGCCUCCAUCACAUCGACUCUUGCCUACCAGGUCACCGCUCCUGGUGACACUCAGGGUUGGACAACUGUUGGACCCAACUACCUGACGUGGGUGCGCGUUGACACCGACCCAUCAAACUUCACGGCGGUGUUGACCAACCAGGCCGUUAUGCCCCAAGGUCCUCAGGUCCUCAACGCACUUGUUGAUGGAACCUUGGGCACAAUUAUCUGCAACCCUCCAAGUGGAGGUUGGCCUCAGGGCUCUGGUUUCCGUGUCAACCUUGCCGCAGAUGCUGAACAUCUCAACACCUUACUUGCUCAGUCCAACCAAUUCAGCAUCAACGCGUCGACUUCUUCAGCGGGUUCUACAUCAUCCGUCACUUCAUCUACUUCCACCCCGACUACGGCGGUGGCUCUGACGACCGCUGCAGCGUCUACCACCAGUUCAGACACCAACACAACCCCCACUGCUUCGGGCGCAGCCGUUCUUGGAAUGAAAGUGGAGACAGGCUUCCUGACUGCUUUCGCAGCCUUGGCUGCCUUUAUCACCACUCAUCUCUGAACAUUUGCGUAAAUACGGGUUACACUCGGAUGCUUUUCUCUUUGCGUGGUGGUUCUUUUUGGUUGCGUUACGGUUACUGCGAUACAGACAUUUUCCUGAUACCCUUUCACUCGGAUUGUCCUCGUUGCAGCGAUGAUAUUCCAUCAUUAGUGUAU